UUGUGGUGUUUCGAGUGCAAAUUUCGCGCCAUGUGACACUAUUUUAAAAUGGCGGAUAUUAGAGUAAAAUUCGUAUCUCAAAAGAUAUCCAAAGUCCGUUUUCAGCCGACCCAGGGUGUAUACUCACAAGGCUCUGAUGUGUUUGCAUCCGGAAACUGGGAUGACGUUGCUGGGCGAGUGUGCCUGUGGCAGAUACCUCCAGGGGGGUCAGACCUGGGUGACAUGGGCGGUGAUGAUGAGACAGCAGGUGACAGGGAGCCCAUCAUUCUGUGUGAAGUACCGCACAGAGGAGAUGUCACAGACAUGCAGUUUAUGACAAGUGAUGCCAUAGCUGCCUCAUCUUCCUUUGGGUCUCUGACCAUCUACCGACAUAGGAACCUACAGUCGCUGGAAGACGCAAUGCAGUGGGUUGGUCUGCACACAGGUCUCGGGGAUGUGUCCUGCCCAUGUACAUGUCUGGCCACCCAGGGCGAUGAUCUCAUAGUGACCGGUGGGGAGGACGGCAGGGUCAAUGUACUCAAUGUGGCACACAGGGCACCAGUACGGACACUAGAAAAAGCCAACAGCUGUAGUAUAAAUGGCAUUAAAUUCUUGAAGCAGCUGGACAUCUUAACGAUAGACUCAUGUGGGCAGCUGAAGAUAUUUGACCUUCGAGAAAACACUGAUGAACCUUCCAGAACCUUCUCAGUGUCUGGAGAGCAGGUGCCCCUACAGUGUUUAGCCCGCCACCCGACCCAGCAGCACAUUGUGGCCACUGGCGGUCACGAUGGGGUGCUGUCCAUCUGGGACCUACGCCAGGAGCGCUUUCCUGUCACACUGCUAGAGGCUCAUGCUGCACCCAUGUGGGAGGUGUUGUUCCACCCUGCCAGUCCUGACCAUCUGUUCACAUGCUCUGAGGACGGGUCUGUGUGGCACUGGGACAGCUCAGCAGUUACCUCCCUUGUUACUGGCACAGGUGCGGGCUCAGGCGGCGGUUCCCUGUUCUCCCAGCACCCUGGGGCCGGGACCCGCGCCAGCCAUAACCAGCCCCUGGCUUGGGCUGGAGACCGGCAGAUCCAAGAUGGAGAUCAGCACCCUUCUGCCCAACCAGUCGCUGCCAAUCAACACACUCGACAUACAGGCGGAGACGCUCGUGUGUGGGUCGGACGAGGAAGCUUUGUACACGGUUGACAUACCGGGAGUGAGAUAGGACAGGCGGGGGAUAAGACUGUUGGAAGUUUACCAUGAUUCAAUUCUUGUAUUAUUUUGUUCACUAAAUACAUUAUAAAUAUAAAAGGAAA